AUGCCAGUUAAUAAGCAAGCUACAAGAAAGAAAAGCAUAUCGAGCAAUGAAGUUGAGUUGCUCUAUACCAAAUCUAAAGCAUACCUUCACCCCACAACCUCGAAGAAGGAUAAUAUACCAGGAUAUUUGUCAUUAAGUAGAAGUGCUAAUGCAGCUAACAGGGAUAUUAUAAUCUCGUUUAUGUCUGAAAAGCAAUUAUCAAGUGAAGAAUUGAAGGCAUAUGAAAAUGUUGAUAUUGCAGAUUUGCAAGAUGAUUUGGAAGCAUUGAAGCUUGGAGGUACAAACAGUAGAUCAUCCGGUAAGCAAAGUUUGAACGUAGUUUCGAAACCUCCAACUUCAAGCGCUUUUGGGCUUUGUUUCAGCAUUCCGAUAUCAUAUGUCUAUUCCAUUCAAGUCCGGAAACCAUCCGUGGGAUGGUGGUUCGGAUCGAUAAUAAUUAAUACCCAAGAUGGAGAAAAGUUACCCAUUGUAUUUUUCCACGACGAUGAAUCUCCUUCAACGUUAAAGAAUCAAAAAGUCAGAAAUCAAAGGUUCGAUCCUUUCGGUGAUAAUGGUGAAAUGUACUGGGGAGGGCAAGAUUUUAUGAAUGCAUUAGGAAAGUUUGCAGAUGUUCAAAAAUCAAGUGUGGAACCAUCGGUAUAUUUAAUUAAUCCCGAAUCUAAUGACUUGAGAAAUUUUGCCCCAUUUAAAGAAUCUAAGACAGCUAAAAAAGAAGGCAAUUCUGAACCAUUCAAAUUACCGGAUGUUAACAAGUUUCUUGCAAAUGCUAAAUGGAAGGUUUUGGAAACUGUUGCUACCUUUUCAGCUAAAACUCGAAACCAGGUACUUGAUCUUGUUGAUGAAAAUGCCCCUAUGCCAAUUAAACAGAUUAUAAAUAAACCAGAAGUUCAAAAAAUUGGAAAUGAAUUUGAUAGCGCUAGGGUUUAUUUAGCAAAAUGGGCAGCACAAGUUAAAGAAGAAGCAGAAGAGGCACACAGGAAAUAUCAAUUGGAUGACGAGAUCUAUAACAAGAUUAAUAAAGAGUUAGGUGUAGGAUCAAGUACAGAAAUCUUGACCGAUGAAGAGGUAAGUAGAACUUCUCGAAGGAAACCCCUCAGCAAGGUUGAAUGGGAAGGUUUAUUUGAUUUUUCAGGCAGACUAGUUAUUUCCAUAGAUGAAGUUAAAGACAGAAUCUUUCAUGGAGGGCUAGAAGAUUGCGUAAGAGGAGAAGCAUGGCUAUUUUUACUUAAUGUAUAUCCAUGGGAUUCUUCAUCUGAAGAAAGAGUCACCUUGCGCAAUAGCUUUCAGACAGCUUACGAAGAAAUAAAGUUAAAAUGGGUUAAUGACGAAGAUAAAAGAAAUACAGAAUUUUGGAAAGACCAGAAACACAGGAUUGAAAAAGAUAUCAAUCGUACUGACCGUAACUUAGCAAUUUUUCAAAACAAGAAGAAAGUUUCUAUUUCAAGUAUGGGAAGUGAUCAAUUGCCAACAACAAGAGAGUCGUCACCAGAAACUCCGGACGAAGCUGAUGAUGACGAAUUUGAUGUUUCUAAUAUCACGAAUUCCCAUUUAUUUAAGAUGAGAGAAAUAUUGUUGACUUACAAUGAACAUAACGUUAAUUUGGGAUAUGUUCAGGGGAUGACAGAUUUGUUGUCACCAUUAUAUGUAACAUUUCAAGACGAGUCCUUGACAUUCUGGGCUUUUGUGAACUUUAUGGAUCGUAUGGAACGGAACUUUCUUCGUGAUCAAUCUGGAAUGAAGAACCAAAUGCUCACUUUGAAUGAAUUGGUUCAGUUCAUGUUACCAGACUUAUUUAAGCACUUAGAAAAAUGUGAAUCGACAGAUCUAUAUUUCUUCUUCCGCAUGCUACUAGUCUUGUUCAAACGCGAAUUCGAAUGGUCCAACGUACUUUCCCUAUGGGAAAUCUUGUGGACUGAUUAUUAUUCCAGCCAGUUCCAUCUUUUUUUCGCCUUGGCAGUAUUGAGCGACAAUGAACGAAUCAUAAGACAAAAUCUAGGCCGGUUCGACGAGGUCCUCAAAUAUAUGAACGACCUUUCUAUGAACAUGAACUUGAAUCAUUUAUUGAUACGUGCAGAAUUGCUCUUUUUGAGAUUCAGAAGAAUGAUCGAUAUUAUCGACAGGGAAAAUUCCUUGAAAAAGAUAAAUAAUCCCGGAAUCUACGACGAUUCCAAUGAUUCAUUAAUCAAAAUUAGCCCUGCAUUAAGAGAAUUAUUAUCAAAGAAGCUUGUAAUUCAAAAAGAGACAGAAAGACCUGAGGGGGUGGGUGGAGGUUAA